AUGUCUUCGGAUAAUGCUACAAUUGCUACUUUGACGACAAUUCAAGGAUAUCUACAAAAAUACUUCGGUAUAACUAUAAUUACUAUCACUUCAAUUGGAAAUAUAUGUAAUUUUAUCGUAUUCCUUCGUAUUCCACCAUUAAAUAAACAUCCUAAUGCAUUAUUUGUUAUCGCUUCAUCUAUUGGAAGUUUUAUUUUUGUAAAUGCUGCUUUAUGGACAACAAUCAUAAAUCAGUUUGCUCAAUUUAACUUGACAACUCGUUCAUUAUUUUGGUGUAAAAUAUAUACAUGGUUUUAUUAUUCAAGUGGCUGCUUCAGUUUUAUGUGUCAUUGUUUUGCAGCAUUGGGACAAUGUCUUUUAGUUUCACAAAAAAUUCAAUGGCAACAAUUUUUAACGCGUUUGAAAGCAAAGUUAAUUAUUAUAACCACGGCUAUGAUUUGGCUAUUAAUAUUUGUUCCAUUACCAAUUUAUAAUAAUCUCAUUCAAAUAUCAUCAGGAACGUAUUCAUGUCGAAAUUCUCUCCAAAUAAUAAGUCUUUACAUUAAUUAUUGGGUUAUAAUUGGUUAUUAUUUAUUGCCAACUCUAUUAAUUUUAAUAUUAUUUAUUUUAACAUGGUACAACUUACGACAAUUAUUACAACGACGUCGUAAUAUUGAAGGUGUAAUAACACGUAUGAUGUUAAUUCAAAUGUUUGUUAUACUGUUGUGCGGAAUUCCUGCAGCUAUAUGCAUAAUUUAUUUAUUAUCUACAUCGAAUAUGUCGAAAACCCGUUUAAGAUCAUCAUAUGAAAGUACAAUGAAUCUUAUUUUUACUUUAUUGACCUUUUUAACAAACGGAAUAUCGUUUUGGAUUUAUUUAUUCACAUCUCAAUCAUUUCGCAAACAUUUAAAAGAAUUUUUAUUGAGAGUAGUAACAGAGCGUGAGAUUGUCAAUGAAGCUGAAAUUCAAAAAUCCGCUGAUCAAUUUGUUUCUGCAGCUAAAUCAUUGUUACCUUAUUAUAAUGAUGAUUUCCUAUUGAAUACAGAUCAAGCAGGACUUCAGCUUGAGUUUCCUUCAACUCGAACUCUCUCAUAUCAAGGAGAAAGUAUGUUCAAUAAAUGGUCGAAUGAGCGAUAA